GUUAAGCCCCGCGGUGCUGAGUAACUUGAGUCGCGAUUGGGUCCUUGUAGCGCACCGUGGAACAGGUGCUGCUCAGUCCAAAAGGCAUAGCAGGCGCAAGCCGCGCUAAGUGUGUGGCACAAUGUAUGAAGAGCUGCAUUCUAAGGAGGCUGAGCCGAGGCGGCAAGGCGGCAGGGCUCGCAGCAUAUUUUCAGUCAGCGCAUCCGGUCGGUCAUCGCCGGUCCAGCAGGAAGACACACACGAUGUGGUGCUUCCAAUGCGAACAGGUCUUCGGGUUCACGAAGUACCGUAUGGACUGCAAUUAGCUGGCAUCACCACCGGUUACAGACUCGGCGGCACCUACAUGGAUUGCCUCAAAACGCUGUUCACGUGGCACAACCAAACGCUCAACAGCUGGACCAUGAUAUUUGGCUGGCUGGUGUCUUGUUGCAUGCUGAGCUGGAGCUGGCAGCAGCUGCGGCCAUCCGGCAUGGACCUGGUCGCCUUCCUCGCCUUGUGGCUGUGCCCCACCCUGCACCUGCCCUUCACAGUGGGCUACCACCAAUUCCUCUGCAUCAGCCCCGAAGUGCUCCGCCGCUGGAGGGCCCUGGACGUCGCCUUCAUCUUCAUCGCCUCCAUCCCCCUCACCUUCGCCCUGUCGUACUUUGUGCUCCCGCUGCCGUACAGCGCCGCCCUCACCGCCGUCACGCUCGGGCUGUCGCUGCAUGCCUGGCACAACGCGGCGGCGCUGCCGGCUGCAGCGGACAUUGACAAGAAGGCGAAUACACGCUAUGUGGGCUAUGUGGUGCUGGUCUACACCUUCCCCAUCCUCCUGCAAGCCGCCCUCGACUUGGCUGCAGUGCUGGGGCUGGGGGGCGGCGGUGGGGACGGAGCGGGUGCAGCAGCAGCAGACAACGACAUCCUCGUCAGCAGCGGUUCCGGAGCAGCCCAUCUGUCGUACGCCCAUGUGCCCCUGUACGACAGGUUGUACAGCGUCAAGUGCGCUGCGGCCAUCGUGUUCUGUUUUGUGUAUGCGGGGGCCACCUACGUGUCUUGCUUCCCGGAUAUUUACGCUCCCGGCUACUUCGACCAUGUGGGUGCCGCCCAGCAGCUGAUGCACCUGGGGGUGGCGGGCGCCCAUGCGGUGGAGUGGCUGUUCGCCAUUCACAUGGUGCAGCGGAGGCGCCUGCAUGCAGCCUCGUUGGGUUGAGGAGGGGGGCAGAGCAGAGGAGGGGAGCUGCACGCCGCCUCGUUGUCGUCUUAAGGAGGAGGGCUGCUGCAUGCCACGUUGUUUUCUUGAGAAUGGAGGGUCCGAGCGGCGAUGUCAGGAGCUACCCCGUACCUCCCCCUCCACCUUGCCCCUUGGUGACUAUGGCGGCGGAAUAAUGGCAGCGGCGGCUACAUGUACCAUUAUAAAUCUUAAUGACCUGCAUGUUUUAGGAAAGAGGUUGAGCAGGGGCAGGGAGCAGGCUGUCUACCCUCGGGAUCCACGUGUGCCGUACACUCGCCGUACCUUGCAUGCGCCAUGCGUCCCACAGACCCGUGGGUCAGCAUGGGGAGUUGUGCGCCUUCCCCCUCCUCCCUCGCGCGCGGGCUAAUACCAGUAUCGUAGUAGAUACUAUCGAGGCGGCCGCCUGACACACUGUGUCUUAUUCUUAUGUACUUAUGCCAACUGAGCGGUGGUCUUUUCUUUAGGUUUUUUUUUCCGAUGUGGACUGUUACAGAGGAAGGACAGGAAGACCACCAAGAAAAAACCAGCGGAGAAAACACCCACUGGUUUAGGUGUGUUUCUUGAGGUGGUGAGGUGCAUGUUAUGGCCGAUGAGGGGGCGUUCAGAGCGGCGAGCGAGCCAGCCAAGUCUGGUGUGCCUAACCCUGUGCUAUAGCGAGACAGGUAGAUCGUUCCUUUAGUUGUCCAGGAGAGAGGGCACCGAGGCAAG